AAACUUAAUAAUCAGUUUACAAAAUCGAAUUACUUCUAGUUAUUUUUGUUUUUUAACGUUGGUAACUGCUAAAACUCCACUGCGUGGCAGGUCUUGCUUCCUCUCUCCUCUCUCUGCCUUUCACGGGAGUGCGCCAUAACUGGCGUAUCGUAUUUUUGUUGUGCUAAGAAAAAUCCAUAAUCAUCCAAGAUGGUUAACUUUACCGUAGACGAGAUCCGUAACAUGAUGGACAAAAAGAAGAACAUCCGUAACAUGUCCGUCAUUGCUCAUGUAGAUCACGGAAAAUCGACCCUUACAGACUCCCUUGUAUCCAAAGCCGGUAUCAUUGCUGGAGCCAAGGCUGGAGAAACCCGUUUCACUGACACCCGUAAGGAUGAGCAAGAACGUUGCAUUACCAUCAAAUCAACUGCCAUCUCCAUGUUCUUCGAGUUGGAAGACAAAGAUCUUGUCUUCAUCACCAACCCCGAGCAGCGCGAAAAGGAAAACAAAGGUUUCUUGAUCAACCUGAUCGACUCGCCCGGUCACGUAGAUUUCUCCUCGGAAGUGACCGCCGCUCUCCGUGUCACCGACGGCGCCCUCGUCGUGGUCGACUGCGUAUCCGGCGUGUGCGUGCAAACCGAAACGGUUCUGCGUCAAGCCAUCGCCGAGCGCAUAAAACCCAUCCUGUUCAUGAACAAGAUGGACCGCGCUCUGCUCGAGUUGCAACUAGAAGCCGAAGAGCUGUACCAGACGUUCCAACGUAUUGUUGAAAACGUUAACGUUAUAAUCGCGACCUACAACGACGACGGCGGCCCGAUGGGCGAGGUGCGCGUCGACCCGAGCAAGGGUUCCGUCGGUUUCGGGUCGGGUCUGCACGGUUGGGCGUUCACCUUGAAACAGUUCGCCGAGAUGUACUCCGAGAAGUUCAAGAUCGACGUGGUCAAGCUGAUGAACCGCUUGUGGGGAGAGAACUUCUUCAACGGCAAGACCAAGAAGUGGGCCAAGCAGAAGGAGGCCGACAACAAGCGCUCGUUCUGCAUGUACAUCUUGGACCCCAUCUACAAGAUCUUCGACUCCAUCAUGAACUACAAGAAAGACGAUUACGAAGCGCUCCUGCCCAAACUGGGCAUCACGUUGAAGCACGAGGACAAAGACAAGGACGGCAAGCAGCUGUUGAAGGUUGUUAUGCGCACCUGGCUGCCGGCCGGCGAAGCUUUACUGCAGAUGAUAGCCAUCCACCUGCCGUCGCCUGUUACCGCGCAGAAGUACAGGAUGGAGAUGCUGUACGAGGGCCCGCACGACGACGAGGCCGCCAUGGGCAUCAAGAACUGCGACCCGAACGCGCCGCUCAUGAUGUACAUCUCGAAGAUGGUGCCCACCUCCGACAAGGGACGUUUCUACGCUUUCGGUCGCGUGUUCUCCGGAAAGGUUGCCACCGGCAUGAAGGCUCGCAUCAUGGGGCCAAACUACACGCCCGGCAAGAAGGAGGAUCUCUACGAGAAGGCCAUCCAACGUACCAUCCUCAUGAUGGGACGUUACGUCGAGGCGAUCGAGGACGUGCCCUCCGGCAACAUCUGCGGUCUCGUCGGCGUCGAUCAGUUCUUGGUCAAAACCGGAACCAUCACCACGUUUAAGGAUGCUCACAACUUGAAGGUCAUGAAGUUCAGCGUGUCGCCGGUAGUGCGCGUCGCUGUCGAGCCCAAGAACCCUGCCGACCUGCCCAAACUAGUAGAAGGUCUGAAACGUUUGGCGAAAUCCGACCCUAUGGUGCAGUGCAUCAUCGAAGAGUCUGGCGAGCACAUCAUCGCCGGCGCCGGCGAGCUUCACUUGGAAAUUUGCCUGAAAGAUUUGGAGGACGACCACGCGUGCAUCCCCAUCAAAAAAUCCGACCCGGUCGUCUCUUACAGGGAAACCGUCAGCGAGGAAUCCGACCAGAUGUGUCUGUCGAAAUCGCCCAACAAGCACAACAGGCUGUUCAUGAAGGCGCAGCCGAUGCCUGACGGCCUGGCCGAGGACAUCGACGACGGCAACGUGAACCCGCGCGACGACUUCAAAUCGCGCGCGCGCUACUUGGGCGAGAAGUACGAGUACGACGUGACCGAGGCGCGUAAGAUCUGGUGCUUCGGGCCGGACGGCACCGGGCCCAACUUGCUGAUGGACUGCACCAAGGGGGUGCAGUACCUGAACGAGAUCAAGGACUCGGUCGUGGCCGGGUUCCAGUGGGCCACCAAGGAGGGCGUUCUCUCCGAAGAGAACUUGCGUGGUGUCCGCUUCAACAUCUACGACGUCACCUUGCACGCCGACGCCAUCCAUCGCGGAGGCGGUCAGAUCAUUCCCACCACGCGUCGUUGCCUCUACGCGUGUCUGCUGACCGCUCAGCCCAGGCUCAUGGAGCCCGUCUACCAAUGCGAAAUCCAAUGUCCCGAGGUCGCCGUGGGCGGUAUCUACGGAGUGUUGAACAGAAGACGUGGUCACGUGUUCGAGGAAAUGCAAGUGGCCGGCACGCCCAUGUUCGUGGUGAAGGCGUACUUGCCCGUAAACGAGUCGUUCGGUUUCACCGCCGAUCUCCGUUCCAACACCGGCGGACAAGCUUUCCCCGCAGUGCGUGUUCGACCAUUGGCAAGUCCUGCCCGGUGACCCCACCGAACCGGGAACCAGACCAUACGGAGUCGUACAAGACACACGUAAAAGGAAGGGUCUCAAAGAGGGUCUCCCAGACCUCCAAUCAUACCUGGACAAAAUGUAAACAACACUUCAAGUGGGGCUAGGGAAUAGGUUUUGUACAGAUUUAUUUAAGAAUUAUAAUCAAUUUAAAUUUAUUUCAUAAUAAAAAAUUAUAUGCUAAUGUAAUUUUUUGUACUACUACUACUAUUGAAAAGCAGGAUGUUUAUUAAUUUAAUCCUUAGCUAAUAUGAAUCUGUUAAAACUUUUUUUUAAAUUGUUAUCGCUAAAAUGCAUAAAUCUGUAUACAUCUUACAGAAGAAAAAGUAAAUUAUAUUACACAACCAAGAAUUUAGUUUUAAUAACGUAUUCCAUAUACAAAUUUAUUUAUUACCUGAUAUAUACAUAUACCUUCAUGAUAAGUGGGUUCAUUGAACAUUAAUUUGUUUUUAUUUUUUUAGUUAGUACUGAUUAUUAUAUUAUAAGCAAUAUCUGUCUCUGAUUUUUGUUAUAUGUAAUAAAAAGGUAAUUUUAUUUAU